CUGCAGGAGGUUUUAUAAACCGUAUUCUGAAAAAAUAGCAGAGUUGAAGACACACGGGUCCUGGGAUAUAUCAUUUACUCUUUCUGUCAAGACUAAAAUCUGAUGAACUGUGGUCAUACAUGAGAAUAACACUGAUACAGAACUUAUACUGGAAAGUGUCAGUGGAGCUGGAUUUUAAAUGAGCAUUGGAAUAGACUGACGCUGGUCUUUUUGCUCAACUUUUCAGAACUGCCAUUUUUCCAAGAUGAACUCUGAGCAAUUCCAAAUAGUGUCUUCCUUGAGCAAAAUGUUCAAAUUUUGAGUACUUCCUCUAUUAGUUCAGCCUCUUAAAGAGGACAUCCAAAAACAACAGCUGGCACAAAAAAAAGUUUUAUGCCAGAAAAUAUUUGGCGCUUGACUGGUGAGAAAUUGAUUGUACGCUGGUUUUCUGUGCUUGACUGCUGGGAGUCACUUUAGGUUCCGAGGGGAUUUUCAGUCUGUUAACUGGUCCCUCUUUCAUCAGACUUGCAGGGACUUCUGCCGCUCUCUUCUUUUUUUGGGAUUAAAGAGUCCCCCCCCCCUCCAUUUCACUUGCUUGUUUAAACUGAGGAAAUAGGGAAGUAAUUUUUGUUUUUUUUUUGGGUGCUGGAACACAGCCCUGACGCUGCCAUGAGUCUCGGGAAGCUUCCAGGGAUUAAGGGGCUGGUGUCCAGCUCCCAGGGGAAGCGGCGCUUUAAGAACGACCUCUCGGUGGACAUGAUCAGCCCGCCGCUGGGCGACUUCCGCCACACCAUGCACGUGGGCCGCGGCGGGGACGUGUUCGGCGACACCUCCUUCCUUAGCAACCACGGCGGGGCGGGCAGCGAAGAAGCCGAGUCCGGAGGCUCCAAGACCGCCAAGUUCUUCUCCCGCACCCUGCGCCACGUGCGCAAGACCCCCGCCCGCCCCCCGGGCGGCUCCCGGGACCUGUCCUCGCCCCCGCCGCCCGUCUCCCCAAUCAUCAAGAACGCCAUCUCCCUGCCGCAGCUGAACCUGGACAACGGCUGCCUGCAGAGGGCGCUGUUCCCCAUGUCCCCCAGCUGCCCCGAGGGCUCCACUUUCUCCUCCUACGGUUUGCAGUCAGGGUUCGUCACCCUCCCACGCGUCUCCCGCCUCGAUCGGCAGGUGCAGGACUGUUCUGGAAGCCCGGAGUUCCGGCGCAACUCGCUCCCGGACGACGACGACGACUACGCCAUGAUGCGCUCCGACUCCAUGACCUCGUUCACCGUGGACCUGGGGCCCUCCCUGAUGAGCGAGGUCUUCAGCGUGAUCGACAGCCCCAACCACAUCCACACGGCCAAUCAUGGCUGGGGGGAGGAGGAGGAAGAGGUGGAGGAGGAGGAAACGAGCUCCACCCCCGAGCCAAAAGCCGACGCCCCUUCAAUUAAUUCACCCUCCAUGUCCCCGCUGAGGCAGAGCAGGAACAGUAGGGGGAGCUCUGGAGAUGGAGAGUGUGGAGCAGAGGAGGAGGGGGAGAGCAACGAGCCUCUUAAAAUGGCCACUCCUGAGGAGGUGAUGAGGUCCCCUUCAAGAGAAGAGCUGGGGAUGGAGCCUGAAAGGUUCAAGAGGGCCGCUGACGUGCUGGCACGUCAUUACAGCUCCGGCGAACUCAGGCAAGACCAGACUGGAGACGAGGACCGCCCACACGCCGGUGCUGCCAGUAACUCCUCCGUUCGUGUCCAGAAGAGGGCGCCAUACGCCUACCACGACGAAGAGGAUGAGAUCAAAGUCUGAGCAAAAAAAAAGUAAAUAAAAAUGCAGCGUUCCGUGUUCCAUAACUGCGCCCGUGCCCAUGUCUUAGUGCCUCGUGGUCACUUCAGACAGCCCUGAGAACUUACAGAUUCCGUACAGUUCCCUGUGAGAGUUUCCCCGUGAAAUUUAUUCAUUUCUAUAUUAAAAUAGCUUGAAUUCCAUGACAACACAGAAAUGAAAUACAAAACCUGAAAAUACAGAGUUUGAAUACCCCUGUUAAGUUCCAGGGCAUGCAUAUGGAGUGGAAAUUACAGACUGUGAUUUAGAACAGUGGGAAAAAUGUAACUUCAAACUAAGAAAGUUCUGGACCUCAAUUUAAUAAUAGUCCAUUCACUAUUAAUUGCAUACUGUUAAUUAGUGCAGCUUUUAGAAUGCCAUUUUAAGAUAACCCAGUGCAAACUGAUUCCUAUUUCACUUAAUUGCAUUUAAUGGAGUGCUGUUGCAUUUUAUAACAAAAAUGAUCAGUGUAAAGUUAAAGAAAAUCUCAAGUUGCUUUCUUUUAUUCAAAAUGAUUUCAUAAAGCAAACCUAUUUUUGUGAUUCAAACAUUCUUUCCUAACAUUCUUUGAAGCCUACAAGAGGAAUCUCUAGAGUUGUGACAAAGUAAAACCUUAAUGAGGUUCUGAUGGACUUCUCCAUUGAAACUGGCAAGAGAGGCAAAAUCAGGACAAUUAUCAGCUUAAACAGGCAGCAGUAUAUCAAUUUACAGAUUAUAUUAUUUUCAAGAUAUAUUCUUUUUCUUAAUGACUUUCAGUAAGGUCGGAUUAUUGUCAGUACUGCCCUCCCCUUGUUUGAGCACACACACACACACACACACACAUUUAUAUAUAUAUAUAUAUAUAAAUGGUGUAUAUUAUGCUGUUAAAUAGUGCUCAAGAAUGAGAUGGCAGGUGAUUGCAUCACAGUGCAGCCUGUCCCUUGUGUAGGACACUCCUCUUUAAAAACCUCAGUGGCAAACAGACUGAACGGGUUGAAACAAUUUAACAGAAAUAGGCAAGAGUGGACAGGACAUGUGAACAAAGAAGGACAAAUAUGCUAAUGUGGAAACGCAUCAGUUACAGGAAGAGAGAGAGCGAAAGAGAGAGAGAGGACAGGAACAGAGCGGACUCUCUGUCAGUCAUGUACUUUGCCACCUGUUCACUUCUGUUAACAAAUACAGACAAACUGAACUUUCGUCUCUUUGGCUUCCCCUCGCUCUUGCGCCACUGCCCUCAGUGCUCAGCUCAACCCUGCUAAACAGGCCUUCCCAUGUUACAGUAUUUUGGGUGAUGUUUAUGGGAACGCUCUGCCCCACACUCUUCAAGGACGAGGUUUUCCCCUGAGCAAACCGACCAGGACGAACCUUUGCAUUUCACUGAAUUUAAGUGAAAUGAAGCGGAUUAAAAAAGGGAAAUGAAAUACUGUAUUUCUUUCAGUAUUGCUGCAGUUUUAACCCACAGGCAGAAGCUCGUGGGAAUUAUGCAAUAAUGGGAUUUUUUUGUACUUUUUGUAAUGCUGUUUGUUCUGAAACGGUCUGUGCAGGAUGGUUUACAGCAGCCGACUGAGGCACGUAUAGGAUCUAUGGGAAAACUAAGAGAGAUGUGUUCUUGUUACAGAAAAAGGCAUUUUAUUCCCGUUUGAAACACGAAACCAUCGUCUGAGAUCGUUUUAACAAAGCAGGAGGAAAAAAGGCAACAAAAACCCGUCUGCUUUGUGAUGCAGGCAGAACAAACAUACCUGACCCAUGUUUCUGCGGACAAACGGCCAGCGUUUGGUGGUGUAACCAUAGAAACACUACAGUCUUAACAACACAACCUCGCCUGACACCGUUUCUCAGUAGCAGCACUAAGAUCCUGUCACUUGUGCUCCUGGAUGUACACUUUUUGAUAGGUUCCUGAAUACAGGGAGGAGAGCGUGAGAAAUGGGCUUCACUCAUGUUGGUGGAGACGGAGAGCGCUAGCGCGCGGCUCACACAGUACAGCUGAAAGUCAAGUGUUUGGGGGAAGCUGCUUCACUGCUCCUGUGCUAAUAAAAAAAGAUCUAUUUGCCACUGUUGGACUACUGUAAAAUGCUAUAAGGAUGCUAAGUCUUAUUCCAUUAGUAAACUGGCCCAUCCCACAGGUUUCUUUGUUUGUUGUUGUUGUUGUCGUUUUUGUAAAGGUAAAACCUGCACAGCAUUAUUCUGAACCUGUACAUUUUGAUUUCAUUGCAAUAAAAGCGUACAUGCGCAUAUGUUAACAAACUGAAACAAAAGCUUUGGUAUACACCUGUGGAUGUCCUUUUUUAACUGAAUUAACAGAAAUCUCAAAAGUGUGACGAUAGCUACACUUUUGAAAACCUCUUAGGCCAACCAGCCUACUUCUUAUACAUGGUAACACAUUUUAAAAUGCAUGAUAAUAGCUAGUAAUACCUAUUAUGAAUACUGUGUAUGAAUGCAGUAUAAAAUUCAAAUGUAUGUGGUACACUUACAAAUAACAACAAUAUCCUUAAUGGCGAUUAUAAUAAAAUGAUGUUUUUAAUAA